AUGAAAACAGAAUUUGUGGACAUCCCCUCCGCGAGCCAGCGAGAACAAAUUGUCAGGCACCCCAGGGGCCGCCCUCCCGGCUCCAAAAACAAUCCCAAACCGCCGCUCGUUAUAACCCGGGAGCCCGAGCCCACUAUGACCCCUUUUAUUUUAGAAAUCCCGGGCGGGAGCGACAUGGUCGAGGCCCUGGCCCGGUUCAGUCGCAGAAAGAACACGGGCCUAUGCGUCCUGUCCAGUUCAAGAAUCGUCACCAACAUCACUCUCUGUCAACCCUCCGUCACCCUGGGGGCCACCGUCACUUUCCACGACCGCUUUGAUGUCCUCUCCCUCUCCGCCAUGCUCCUCCUCCACGCCUCGUCGGCGAUCGCGAUCUCCGCCUUCGCCGUCUCACUCGCCAGCCCGUAG